AUGAGCUUUGCUGUUCGUUCCGCUUUCCGUCAGUUGACUCGCGUCGCUGCUCCUGCUUCUCGCUCCUUUUCCAUGGUAGCCCGCUCCACUGCUAUUUCUCAGAUCCCCCGAGCCACUGCCUGCAAGACACGUGGUCUCAAGACCAUGGACUUUGGCGGUACGAAAGAGAUUGUCUAUGAACGUAGUGAUUACCCACCUAGCAAGCUCCAAGAGACCUUCAAGAACGACACCCUCACUGUUCUAGGAUAUGGCCCAAUGGGUCGCGGCCAAGCGCUCAACCUUCGUGACAACAAGUUGAAUGUCAUUAUCGGAUGCCGAAAGGGCGCUUCUUGGGACAAGGCUGUUUCAGAAGGUUGGGUUCCUGGCAAGGACUUGUUUGAGAUCACAGAAGCAUGCGAUCGUGGAACUGUCAUCAUGAACUUGCUUUCAGAUGCCGCGCAGUCCAAGCUUUGGAACGAAAUCAAGCCUUACCUCACAAAGGGAAAAACCCUCUACUUUUCGCAUGGAUUCUCGGUUAUUUACUCCGAAGACACCGGUGUUGUCCCUCCCGAGGACAUUGAUGUUAUCCUGGUUGCUCCUAAAGGUUCCGGAACGACUGUUCGUAACCUCUUCCUUGAAGGCCGUGGCAUCAACGGAUCUGUUGCGGUUUAUCAGGACGUCUCUGGAAAGGCCAAAGAGCGCGCUGUAGCCCUUGGUGUUGGUGUUGGUACUGGUUACCUUUAUGAGACCACGUUCAAACAGGAAGUCUAUUCUGAUCUGUACGGUGAGCGAGGAGUGUUGAUGGGUGCAAUUCAAGGUCUCUUUGUUGCUCAGUAUGAUGUUCUCCGUGCUCGCGGUCACUCACCCUCGGAGGCAUUUAACGAGACUGUUGAAGAAGCUACUCAAUCUCUUUAUCCCUUGAUCGGCGCCAACGGCAUGGACUGGAUGUACGCUAACUGCUCUACAACUGCCCAGCGUGGUGCUCUUGAUUGGUGGAAGAAGUUCCAUGAUGCCUCCAAGCCUAUCUUCGAGGAAUUGUACGAAUCAGUGGCAAAUGGAACCGAGACUAGAAGGUCAUUGACCAAGAACUCUGCACCAAACUACCGUGCUGAGCUUGAAGCAGAGCUUGCUGAGAUCGCUAACCACGAGAUGUGGCGCGCUGGUAAGGCUGUCCGUCAGUUGCGUCCCGAGAACCAGUAA